CUUAUUCUAAUUUUAUUUUUUACCAAGAAAAUGUUGUCUACACGAGCCAUGCUCAUCCAAGGCUUCUUGGUUAUGACUGUUUUAAUCUCUUCCAUGGUGGAAGCUAGACAAUUGAUUGAGUUUAAAGAUCAAGAUGGGGCCAACCUUGAGGCUUUUAUACCUGGCCUUCCAGACAUACCAGGACUUCCAGACAUACCUGGCCUUCCAGACAUACCAGGACUUCCACCCCUACCAAGCAUUCCAGGAAUCCCAGGCUUUCCAGGAUUACCAUGCAUCCCUGGCGUACCAAGCAUCCCAGGCAUUCCAUGCAAUCCAGAUAUUCCAUUCCCAGGUUUUCCAUGCAUCCCAGGCAUACCAAGCAUCCCAGGUCUUCCAUGCAUCCCUGAUUCGCCGAGUCCGCCAAGUACACCUGAAUCUCCAAGCUCACCUCCUAAAUCAUCUGAUUCACCCGCUCAAUCUCCUAGUUAUCCUCCCGAAUCCUCCUUAUUCUGAUGAUGAAUCAUUGAGUUCGCUUGCUAAAUUCCUUAGUUUACAUCCUCAUAACUGAGAUAUUGCAAA